AUACACGUAUAUCGAAUAUUUUCUUUCUAAACUGACGAUCGCCCUAAAAUUAAGUCAACGUGUGACCUUGGUCAUUAUCAUUAUUUAUCAUAUGCCGCUUAUAUGUAAUUUCACAUUUGAGUAGUAUCAACUUUAUUUACAGUCAGAGUAUUCAAAAUGGUUGCAAGCGCGUUAUUAAACUCAACAAAAUCUAUUAAUCUUACACAAUGCAUGAAAGUAUUAGUUACACAAAACCGCAGCUUUACCAGCCAUUUGAAUGAGCAACAGCUUGCUGUACAGGAAUUGGCUAGAAAUUAUACUAAUCAAUAUCUUAAGCCUAGAGCAUCUCAACUGGACCUACAAGGAAGGUUUCCUUUUGAUGAGAUAAAACAUAUCACAAAACUCGGUUUAAUGGGGGCGUGCGUGGAUGAAAAGUAUGGCGGCCUCGGUCACGACUACCUGUCAUUAGCAAUCGCUGUCGAGGAACUAUCACGUGGUUGCGCUAGCACCGGCAUGAUAGUCUCAAUACAUAACUUCCUGUACGCCAACUUGGUUAAUGAGCAAGGAACGCCGGAGCAGAAGGAAAGGUUCCUGAGCGAUUUCACUAAGGGUUCAAUCGGGUGCUUUGCACUGAGUGAGCCAGAUGCGGGCAGUGACGUAGCUAAUAUAAAGACAACAGCAAGACGAGAUGGUGACUACUGGAUCCUUAACGGCAAGAAGAGUUGGGUGACAUCCGCCGUUGAAGGCUCAGCGACUGCGGUCUUUGCCACCUUCGACCCUGAACUUAGACAUAAGGGACUGGCUUGCUUUCUCGUUCCUCUCGAUGCAGAGGGUGUGUUUAGGGGGAAGAAGGAACCCCUUAUGGGCGUGAGGGCGGCCACGGCGUGCGAUCUGACGCUGGACGACGUGCGCUUGCCGGCCAGCUGCUUACUGGGCCAGGCCGGCGACGGCUUCCGGAUCGCCAUGCGGCAGCUGGACCAGGGCCGCAUAGGCAUAGCGGCGCACGCUGUCGGUAUCGCCCAGGCGUCCCUCGACACGGCGAUCGCCUACGCAAAGGAGAGGGUCGCCUUCGGCAGGAGUCUGACGGCGCUGCCUUCGGUGAAGGACCGGCUGGCCGACAUGUGCAUCCUGGUGGAGUCGGCGCGGCUGCUGACGUGGCGCGCGGCGGCGCACGUGCACUCCAAGCACAGCGCCAUGGCCAAGUACGCGGCGGGGCGCGCGGCGGCGGCGGCGGCCGCGCACUGCGUGCAGGUGCUGGGCGGCCGCGGCCUGUCCACGCGCUACGACGCCGAGCGCCACUACAGAGACGCGAGAGGCACCCAGAUAUACGGUGGCGUCGCGGACGUGCAGAAGCGUCUCGUGGGACACUUCCUUCUCAAGGAGCACGAUGCCCUCUGAUGCGACGAGAAGUCUGUCGGCUGGACACUAUCCGCAAAUCGCAAUCAAAACAGGUAUUCGAUCGUUUAAAAACAAUUAUAAUAAGUUAUUGUAUGAAAAUAAAACAAUACAAUGCAUUUUUAUCAAUUAUUAUAUCGUAAAUAUAUGUACAGAUAAAAUAUCACGGAACCAAUGAUUAGUUCGACAUAGACAGUUUACUCUACGGUCAAAUGUCAGUAUUUUGUCCGAGUGUACCCUGAAGAGUAAUUGAGCCAACAUUAUUUUAAGCGCAAGUUAUUAAAUACUUGGAGCCAAUGAUUGGUGCCACAUUAACAGUUAAAUAAACUAGUCCACUUGCUAUCAGACUGCACAUUUGCCUGUGUGAUUAUUUAUUAAAUAAAUAUUAAUAAUCUGUUAUUCCGUUUUGAAUGUACCA